AUGGAUCGGAAAGAAAGAGAUGGCCAUAAGAAUCGUCUUCCUGACGUAUCGGAGAAGCUGGGGACGUUUUCUGGGGUUUUUGUCCCCACCACUCUAAACGUGUUGAGUAUUCUGAUGUUCCUUCGCUUUGGAUUUAUCCUCGGACAGGCAGGCCUGUUAGGAAUGCUCGGAUUACUUGCUGUCUCCUAUCUGAUCAACCUGGUGACCACUAUGUCUCUUUCCGCCAUUGCAACCAAUGGGACCGUCCGGGGUGGUGGUGCUUACUACCUGAUUUCACGUUCUCUCGGUCCGGAAUUUGGGGGCUCAAUCGGCAUCGUAUUCUACUUGGGCUACGUCCUGAACACCGGCAUGAACGCCGUCGGUCUCGUUGACUGUUUUACACAAAACUUCGGUACGGAGUCUGGCUCGUGGGCCAAUUUUUUGGAAGAAGGUUUCUGGUGGCAGUAUCUUUGGUCCACUAUUAUCCUUAUUCUUUGCACGGGAAUCUGCCUAGCGGGAAGCUCUAUUUUUUCUCGAGCAAGUAGCGGGCUGCUUGUCAUCCUCCUCGUGGCAACGUUCAGCAUACCACUCUCUGCAAUUUUCAUGACACCGUUCGCCAAUCCGAAGCUGGGCGUGACCUUUACUGGCGUCCGCCUUCAGACUCUGCUAGAGAACCUCAAACCCAGGCUCACAAAGGGGGCUGCUGGAAGUCAGCUUUCCACUCGCGAAAACUUCCAGGACCUGUUUGGCAUCCUGUUUCCUGCUACUGGCGGCAUCUUUGCCGGAGCGAGUAUGUCCGGCGAUCUUAAGAACCCUAGCAAGUCAAUCCCAAAAGGCACUCUGUCGGGGUUGGCUCUAACAUUCAUCACCUACACAAUCGUUGUAUUGGCCAUGGCGGCGUCGAUUACGAGAGAGUCCUUCUACAACAACACCAACGUGGUGCAAAUCGCCAAUUUGUCCGGAGUCGUUAUUCUCUUAGGCGAAUUUGCAACCAGUUUCUUCUCUUCAUUGAUGGGCGUGAUUGGUUCGGCAAAGCUCUUGCAGGCCAUUGCCCGAGAUAGCAUCCUACCCGGACUGAGGGUCUUUGCGAAAGGCACCCAAAAGAAUGACGAACCGAUCUUUGCGAUAAUUGUGACAUACGUCGUUGCCCAGGCUACAAUGCUAUUUGACAUCAAUCGCAUUGCUUCAUUUGUCACCAUGACUUACUUGAUGACAUUCUUGGUAACAAACCUCGCCUGUUUUUUGUUGAAAAUUGGCUCCGCACCGAAUUUCCGGCCAUCUUUCCACUAUUUCAACUGGAAAACCGCCGCAGCGGGGGCUCUGGUCAGUGGCGCUAGCAUGUUUUUCGUGGACGGGGUCUAUGCGUCGGGGUGCGUCGGCAUUCUCAUAGUACUCUUUCUGCUGAUUCAUUAUACUUCGCCUCCUAAGUCCUGGGGUGAUGUUAGCCAGAGUCUGAUCUAUCACCAAGUGCGGAAGUAUCUACUUCGUCUCAAGCAGGAGCACGUCAAGUUCUGGCGGCCUCAGAUUCUUCUGUUCGUGACAAAUCUGGACGAUCAGUUCAAGAUGGUCUCGUUUUGCAAUUCUCUGAAGAAGGGUGCUCUGUUCGUUCUUGGCCAUGUUCUGGUGACGAAUGACUUUACAGCGGCAGUACCCGAGGCCCGUCGUCAGCAAAACGCAUGGACGAAGUUUGUGGAAAGCUCCAAGGUCAAAGCCUUUGUGAAUAUUGCUGUCGCCCCGACCGCAGAAUGGGGUAUCCGGAACAUUGUUUUGAAUUCGGGACUAGGAGGAAUGAGGCCCAAUAUAGUCAUCAUCGACCAGUUUCGCAAGGGUCAGUCACUUGUCGAGGCUCUAGCCUCCGAUCAGCUCCGAAAGGACUCAAGCGGCGGCCGCAACCCUCGCGAUUCGGUUUCUGAGCUAUCGGUACAUAACGGGCAAAACGCGUCUAUGAGCCAUCAAAGCUAUGUGACCAUUCUUGAGGAUCUUCUCUUCAAGCUGCGCAUCAAUGUCGCCGUGGCCAAAGGUUUUGAGGACCUUGAGCUCCCUGGUCCUUCUGGGCAACAUACGAAGAAAUACAUUGAUCUUUGGCCUAUCCAAAUGUCGGCACAACUUGGUGCGGAUAGCGAGAGCAAAAAGAACGUCCUGACGACAAACUUUGAUACAUACACCCUGAUUCUCCAGUUAGGAUGUAUCCUCAACACAGUGCCUUCGUGGAAAAAGACAUAUAAACUGCGAGUGGCUGUGUUUGUCGAAUACGAGACGGAUGUCGAAGACGAGCGAGGUCGAGUCGAGGCACUCCUCGAGAAGCUGAGAAUAGAAGCCGAAGUUCUCGUCUUUUGGCUCGCAUGCGGCGACCUGAAAGCCUACCGUAUCAUUGUGAACGGCGAUGUAUCACCGGAAACGCACGAUCUUCAAGACAGGGUCAAUAAGGCCUUGAAGGACGAAGACUGGUGGAGCGACAUCCAGAAAGCUCGUCGGGGCUUACGUGAGUCUCCCAACAGAGCCGGUCUGGACCAAGGCGGAGCGCCCUUAGAGCGAGUCUCCAGUUGGCAUGCGACUCCUAGCCACGACAACUCCCAGAUACCUCCAAGCCACUUGAAGAGAUUUAUUCAGUCCGCUCGGAGACGACGCUCUAUCUCCAGCUAUAAAGGCUUUGGGGGCGUUAACUUAGGGAUGCAGACUCAUCGCUUGCUAGAUGCAUUCGUGGACUACGACUCUAGCGCCUCCAGUUCAAGUGAGAGCAGCGACGAAGAGUUUGAACCGUACGUCAGCGAUAAUGAAGAGGAUGAAAGCAACAAUAAGGCGAGGGACGAUCGUCCGGAACAACUCCAAUCAACCAGCCCGGGAGACAAAACGGCCCAAAACUUCUCGGAGGAGAAUCCUGAAGGACGUGCUGCCGCCACAAACGUGCCUUCUAUUAUCGCGACAGCGGAGGAUGCAUCGCCUCGAAGCCAAACCGCUGUGGCACGCCCUCCAUUUUCUCGCUCGCCUUCGACUAAUCGAUUCGAUUCGUCGCCGAUUCCGGAAACCCAGGUAAAUACAGAGGAGGGAGCCGGACCAUCCAUCAUGUUUGCUGCGAGCUCGUCGCCACCUCGUGGUAGUUCCAACAAGCGAGAGUCAAUAUACACCCGACGGUCUUCCUCGGGUGCAUCUAGGACCGGCGCCGCAAGCGGGUAUCCUCGACGGGCGUCAAUACCUUUGUCCUUCAACGAUCUUCCUAGUCGGGCGCAGCACCUUAUUCUGAACGAACUGAUGGCCAACCAUAGUAGUGAGACUGCCGUUCUGUUCACGACACUACCCUCCCCGUUUGAAGGCACGGCUCUUAGUGAAACUGCAAGCGAGUCUUAUCUGAGCGACCUGGAGGUUUUGUGGCAGGGACUACCGCCUUGUCUGUUGGUUCAUAGCAACAGCAUGACCGUGACAAUGAAUCUCUGA